CUUCCUUCCUUUCUUCCUUCCUUCCUUCCUUGCAUACUUCCAGCACCUUACAACAGCAGGCAUCUUUUUUGAACGACACUUUUUUCCUCCAGUGGACUCGAGCAGCAGAGAGAAAGAGGACGUGAAGUCGCGCACACAAAAGAGCCGAGCUGCAGCAGUGUGUUUUAUCGCGUUUGCCGGAUGGGGUUUUCUGCCUCUCUGCUUGAUGACAAUCACCGUGCAUGGAAAUGAUCCUGGAGAACAAGGCCGUGCACUGACCUGGUACUAGUUAGCCGAGGAAGCUAACUGCUCUGCACCUGCUGGCUAUUAUUUGACUGUAAAAUUUGAAGCUUCACUUCAGUCGUGUUGCCCAUGCACAAAUUGCUUUAAACGCGUUUGCAUGUGUUUGAUUUUUCUUUGGCUUAUUUUUUUAAAAACAAAUUGUUGCCAGUGCCAUUAAGCGGUGCGAUAAGCUAACAAACAAGCUGCGGGUUAACUGAGGUCUCAUUCAUUGGGCAAAGCUGACUUUUGAUCGCCUUUGUUGCAGUUUUCGUCAGUGCAAUAUCCGCCGGUCGUUGUGACGGUUUAUUUUUUCCAGAGUUCAGUUAUUUAUCCCUGACCUCGCCAUCUUUUGCAUGGAAAACAAAGUGGUGCAAAGGAACAAUUGAACUGUAAAAUAUCCACUGCUCAUCUUGUUGAAUGAAAGCCAACAAAGCAACUCUGCCUGUUGAUAGUCUGCCAUUUCCAGCUGCCGGUUUCAGAUAAAUCUAUUUUUGUGCUCAGUGCUUAGGAAACAACCUUAAUAACACAUUGCACUUUACGAUUAAGUGGUGGCCGAAUAAAGAGAGAACUAGGAGAGGACCAAGGAGGAGGAAGCCCCCCCUACACUGUGGAGUUAUCACACUUUUUCCUCAUGAACAUACAGAGGUCAAAUCCAAUUGCCAUUUCACGUUAUGGGAGAUCGCGGCACAAAUCGCACGAUUUCGAAGAAUUGUCUUGCUUAAGGACUACUGAAUCACAUCAGAGUUUCAGUCCCAACCUCGGGUCCCCCAGCCCGCCGGAGACCCCGGACUCCUCGCACUGUAUCUCCCGUAUCGGGGACUACCUUCUGCUGGAGCCGCUGGAGGGAGAUCACGUAUUCAGAGCCGCCCACCUGCACAGCGGGGAAGAGCUCGUUUGUAAGGUUUUCGACAUCAGCCGCUACCAGGAGUCACUGGCAGCCUACUUUGCCCUGGGCCAGCACCAGCACAUUAACCAAAUCCUGGAGAUCCUGCUUGGAGAGACACGGGCUUAUGUGUUCUUCGAGAGAAGCUAUGGCGACAUGCACUCUUUUGUCCGCACGUGCAAGAAAUUGCCGGAGGAUGAAGCAGCCAGACUCUUCUUUCAGAUAGCCUCUGCUGUGGCACAUUGCCACGACAACGGACUGGUCCUCCGUGACCUCAAACUGCGGAAGUUCGUCUUCAAGAAUGAGGACAGGAGUCUCGUGAAGCUGGAGAGUUUGGAGGACUCUUAUAUCCUGGAGGGUCAUGAUGACACUCUCUCAGACAAACAUGGCUGCCCAGCCUACGUAAGUCCUGAGAUCCUCAACGCCAAUGGCAGCUAUUCGGGUAAAGCAGCUGACGUCUGGAGCCUGGGCGUCAUGCUUUACACCAUCCUCAUUGGGCGGUACCCCUUCCAUGAUGUCGAGCCUGGCUCUCUGUUCAGCAAAAUCCGCCGGGGUCACUUCAACAUCCCCGACACGCUCACACCCAAGGCCAAGUGCCUGAUUCGCUCCAUCCUGCGUCGGGAGCCCGCGGAGCGACUCACCUCCCGGGAGAUACUGGAGCACCCCUGGUUCGCUUCUUCCCGGGCUGUGGGGGGCGCCGUGAUGCACGGCAGAGGAGAAAGAGAGCAGGACCAGAUGGUGCCUGAGGUGAACAUAGAAGAGGAGCUGGAGCAGUUCUUCAGCUGAGCAAACAUCAAGCACAAAAUGGAAGACUCCGCCACGGUCAGCUCGCCAAAAACAGUAGUUUAGAGAUUGUUAAGUGAACGUUUGUCACUCAUAAUAAAGGUGUUUCCAUCCUGUUUUUUUUUUUCUUCUCCCCAACAUUUCAUGGAAAACCUUUAGCCUGGCAUGACAAAAGGCAUCUGUACGUCAUCUGGCCGUGCACCUCCUCGUUCAAGGACGCAGCUGAACGUGUAAGUUGCAAAAGAUGUAGCAAGUGUUCCUUUUUUUGGAUCUGUUUCGUUUAAUGUGGUGCUCAUAAAAGUAGACACAGUCACCAAAUUUGUAUUUAUUUCUUUUUCCGACACUAUGGAAAGCAUGAAGGGACACAUUACACAGGAAACUGUUAAAUAAUUAAAGAACUGCGACACCACGGAGCUCGAUUCGAUUGUGGUCGUAGCUUUAGGUAAAUCCAGUUUCAAGCCACAGACCCAGGGCCGUAAGUUGUUCGCCAUCUUAAAAAAAAAAAAAAAAAACUAUUGCUGGGAACAUUGGUUUAAAACAGAGAAGCUUUGGCUUUAUCUCAAUCUGUUUAUUUUCCAUUUAACAUUUCUAAAAGUCACCCAGCUGCUUGAUUGUGUUUUCUGUUAUUUGUCUGUUUUUUUUUUUUCUUCAUUUCUCCUCUUGCCUCACCACACCAUCCAACCCCACACUUCAUUUUCAAACCAUCCUUUACCGGUGUUCAUUUCUCUUUCGUUUUAAGCUAUUCCAGUCUGUUGUUACUGCUGCUUUAAUAUCACUCCCAAAACCUCAGACUUUAAGCAUAUUCUCGGUUAAACCUCCAAGCGCGACACCCUGUGUGAAGCGAACGGACGAAUCCGCCUCUUUAAAAAAUAAAAAAAAAAUAAAAAAAUUAGCUCUUAUUUAAAGUCAUUCUCCAUUUGUAGGAACGAGGACGUAACAUUUAUUUAAAUUGUAACAGUUAUAUAUAAAUAUAUAAAUAAAUAGAAAAAUAUAUAUAUAUUUAAAACUACAUUGCAGGGUUUUUUCUUUUUCACAGAUUCCCUUUUCAUGUAUAAUGUAGGCAAUAUCUUGACACAGGACAGGCACAGUGUGGGAACGUCUGUCUGAAGUUUUAGAGUACAUAAUAUCUUCUGUGCCAGUAUUCCUGUGGCCCCACUGCCCGACUCGCCCCGGUCUCUUCCCUCUUUCUUCUUUUUUCAAGACUUGAUACAAAAAUAUUCUGUGAUAGUAUUGCUACGACGUGCUCACUCCGGGACCUCAUGUUAAUUUUCUACUGCCUGCGUAGGGUCUGUGAAAAGGUCAUGCUCGAAAAAGAGUACCAGUGGACAUGUUAUUUCAUAUCUUAAUGUUACUUGAAUUUGUGUUUUUAUCUAGUUGGCAUGUGCCCCAUGAAUGCUAUAGCCUGCCAUUGGAGGAGGGGGGAGGGUGGGAUUCUUUUUUCCUUUUUUUUUCUAGAAUAAAAAUUCUCAUUUUGCUUUCCAAAAAAAAAAAAAAGCUAUCGCUUCUUUUUCUAGACUGAGCUACCUUCUCUCUAAGUUGGUCCUGAUUUGGUGCUAAUGUUUAGUCCUUUUUGUUUCAUGGAGGGGUGUGGUGCAUGGUGGGAUAUCUGCCGCAGAUGUUCUGAUUGUAUUGUAACAGAUUCUGGUGUUUUGUCCAAAAUUUAUUCAGUAAAUAAAUUGUGAACUGCU